UUUUCUUUUAAAAAAACGUAUAUAUUCAUUGUUGCUGAUCUGAGAGUCAAUGAACUAGUUAAAUACUUUUUAUAAUGGCUCCUUCAUCUACGGGGCGAAGCUCAUGGAGCCAUCUCACUUCGGCCUUCAGCUCUUGCUCUUAGCAUUCACCAUGACUGGUUGCUAUAUUUAGGCAGCAGCAAUUGGGCUUCCCCGGAUCUCGAUAUAAAACAUGGUUGAAUGCCCACAUUGACAGAAUGCUUCGUUCCAGUUGCAUGAUUCGGCGGUUCCCUUUAUUCUUUCAAAGUUAUAUCACUAUGUCAGCUUCAAACACAUUCAAGCUCCCGGAGGGCUUUCUCUCCGGGCCGGCGCCAGAACUCACGAGGACCGAUGUUGAUUGGGUCAAAGGUGGGCUGCCUGAGUACCAACGCCAUUGGGCAGUAGUACUCGACGGUGUGCUCACGGAAGAAGAGUGUGAUCAAAUGGUAGCUGCCGCAGAAGCCAAAACCGACUCAAAAUGGGAGAGAGCCAUGGUCAAUAUUGGAGGUGGUAGGCAGGCUUUAUAUGAAGAAACUCGUAACUGUGGGCGAAUAAUUUGGGAUGACAGUGACAUUGUGGCCAAACUUUGGACAAGAAUCCAAGAUGCCGUUCCGGACAUCCAUCAAUUGAAGAACUGGCCAAAUGUCACCGGCAAUGGCCCAUCUAUGCGCCACGAAACCUGGACGGUGACGAGACUUAAUGAGAGAAUGAGGUUUCUGAAGUACACAGGCGGCGAAUAUUUCAAAGCACAUCAAGACGGAACCUACGAAACACCUGAUCGAAAAGAGCGCUCGUACUUCACGCUGCAUCUCUAUCUGAACGAUCCCGUGGGCAAGGUUGAUCAAAAGCCACUCAAAGGUGGUGCUACUACGUUCCACUCGUACGGCAUGGAUCGACAGAUUGAUGUUGUUCCAAAAGCCGGUAGAGUGCUAUUAUUCCAACACCGCUUCCUAUUACACUCAGGCGAAGAUGUCGUGAGUGGCACGAAGCUGACCAUGCGAACGGACAUCAUGUUUAAAAAAGAGGAUAAACAUUGACGUCCUCACAAAACUAGACACCAAAGAUGCUAGGUUGGAGCGUUCAAUGUGCGAGAUAUAUACCUGCUUGUGUAUUUAUAACAAAAUUAGUAGUAUCCUGUCAAUUUGCAUUCGAGUGCGUAUAACUUACAAUAUCAAAAGAAU